ACCCACCGAUCGCUCGCUCGCGUGGAUCCAAUCUCCUUCAUCUAACCUCGAGCCUCUCCUUGCCCUCGCCCUCCCUUUACGCUCAUCUUCAUCUUCAUCCUCCUCACUCGCCCAGAAACACAAUCUCGACAGCGGCGCUACUCCUUGAUACUGAACAUACGGUCACUCUUCACUCUAUUUCUGUCCCGCGUCAUCCGCUCCACAACCUCCUUGAUAAACGCUCAGGGUCGGGCUUGGCCACCUCAUCAAUGGUCGCCUUUACGAACCCAGGGCGCAACGCGACCGAUGGCAGUCUACGCUGGCAACAGCAGCUAUCCCCACAAGGUGGUAGCAACGGUAUCGCUCGAGCAACAUCCACUGCCUCCGAUUCUCCGCAGACGCCAUCCUCUGCAAGCCCUUCACAGCAGGGAGUCGGUUCCAACAAUCGCUCCACUGGAGCUCAGAUGAUCAGCAAAGGCCCACCAGGCUACAGUGGAACCAAUGCUCAGCUAUCAGGUCCUGCUGCUCAGCAGCAACGUCCUCAAAACUCUUGGUCAGAUAGCUCUACUCUCAAUCUCCUCUCGGACACUGCCGCUCGGCAGGCAGACGAGGAUCAUUCGGGUCCCAGCAGUCGCAGAGCCUCCAUCAGUCCAACGACAGCUGACAAGGCAGGAGGCAGCGGUAGUGCCCCUAAUGGCAAGCCCGCAAAGCGGACAUUGGAGGGACACAAGAAGGAGCUUAGCGCAGCAAGUCUCACCGCCGAGGCGGAUUCUUCCCUCUCAUACUCGCGUGGACAGAGCGAGUCAGAUCAUGACGGCGCCUCGCCCUCUGAUAAAAAUGCAGAAGCGACGGAAGAAGAGAAGCGGAAGAAACGUACUAAGACAGCCAGAGCUUGCGACAGUUGCCGGCGCAAGAAGAUCCGCUGCGAUGUCAUUGAUGAUGGCUCUCCUGCGCCUGGAGACCCCAAUAACGGCAACGGAGGCUUGACCUGCGCCCACUGCAGACAAUACGGUUUCAGCUGCACUUUCUUUCUGCCCAUUACGGAAACAAGAUUCAAGAAGAAGAGGGAGAGAGAAGCAGAGGCAGCAGCAGCGGCGGCUGCUUCAAGAUUCCCUCACGGGGGUUCCGCGUCCAUGUUCGGAGCAGGAGGAGGCUCUAGAACUGGCGUAUCGCCCCAUGGCUCUGCAGGGUCUCCCCUAGGGAGCUCUCUCCCCGCCAGCGUUAGCGCUGCUCAAGAAUGGCCUCCUCGCAAGCAUGUACAACAUCUCUCUACGCCCUGGGAUGGCAGGGCAGGCGAUAACAAUUCUCACAGUCCUGGCAUGGCGAUGGCGAAUAUUGGACAGGGGCCAGGCCACAUGGGACCAUCGCUCGGGCAGCGUUUGGAUCGGUUGGCACCUCCUAUGUCAAACGAUCACGGGCCGCCUCCCGGCGGCGAUCAAGGUCAACCGCCUGACACUAGGGUUUUGGGACCCACGUCGCUCGCGUACAUCGUGCAUAGCACCGCCUUUGUGCCUGGUAGCGCUAUCGAAGCUCAUGAUCUCAAGCAUUCGCAGACAUUCGAAGUGGGAGCUUCGGGAGACGGCAUCAUCAAAUUGAAUCGCUCUAGACAUCGUCAUCCCUCUUACGGCGAUUCUGCAGAGGAAGACGACGACAGCGCGAUCCCUCAAAUUCCCGAUGCUGUCCGCGGUCGUCUUACAGGAGACGUUGCUGAGAAGCUGAUCAACUCGUACUUCGAGAAGAUUGGCUACCUCUGGCCAGUUGUCACCAAGAGCGAGUUCUUGCAUCUUUCUCAUCCACCACCUCUGCUCUUCUAUGCGAUCUGCGGUGUCGCGGCCCUCGAUCGCAAUGUGCCUAUCGAGGUCCUCUCAGCUGUCAGAACCGGGCUCAAUGCAAUCUUCAAGGACAGUGAUGUCCUGAGCAACUCCAGCGCUCUUACUGUCAAGGCUCUGCUGGUUCUCAGUCUUCAUUCUGAUAUCCACGGGAGUGCCAAUCUGCAAAGCGGCACACGUCUCUGGAAUAGAUUGGGCAUAGCUCUGCGCAUGGCUCAGGAUCUCGGUCUUCACAGAGAUGCCAGUGGACGGGAUGACCUCGACGAGUUUGCCCACUUCCUGGAGCAGAAGAGGCGCAUCUGGGGCGCAUGCGUCAGCGCCGAUCGAUGUGUUUCUAUUGCCCUCGGCCAUCCUCUUGCCAUCGAUCUAACGGAUUGCGAUGUUCGUCUUCCCUCGCCAUACGAGAUCCAGAGGUUCCCAACAGAUUUGCCCUCCAUCAGCGGCGUAGAGCGACCCUUUGCAUUCAAUACGGAGAUGCUCAAGUUGUCGAUCCUGUUUGGACGGGUACAGAAGACCAUCUACUCCCCAACGGGUCUGAUGAAGGCUACAGAUGACGAGAUCGCGGGCCUGCUGAAUGACAUCGACCAAUGGCGAGAGAGGCUCCCCGAGGAACUCCAUUUCACUGGCCCCACCAGCUCGCCACCUGCUGGCAUCCUGCAUCUCUCACAUGCUUGCAUCCAGAUGCUCUUCUUCCGAGUCUUCAUGAGAAUAUCUUACUCGUGUCCACAGCACCUCAAGUUCUCGCUCACUAUUGAGAGGAUGACUAGCAUGGUGAAGUGGUCUCGCGAGUCCAUCGCGUGGGUAGACGUCUCUGGAGACAUCUACUUUGACACGAUGCAGUUCAUCAGCUACGCCCUGGUAUUCUGCGCAACGAUCCAGUACCACUCUUGGAUUCGUAGAGGUGACGAAGAGGGCCUGAAGGCUCUGGCGAAGCUGAAGGAGAUCUUCACUCGCGGUCGUCAUCAGGACGGGCAGAAGCAGGAUAUGUCUCUGCGCGCCAAGACGGCAGAGAUCGUCAGCCUGCUGUGCGAGGCAGCCCAGGGCCAUUGGGCUAACACGCCUUCUACUGGCAAUCUCAAUCCUACUGCUGGUGUAGUCAAUCGGAGAACGGUCGACUCCGUCAAGGGCAUCACUUGGAAGAAUGCGCCUGGCCGUCCUGGUGGGGGAGUAUUCGAAGCGGCCGACGCUUCUCUCCUCCUUUCGGAUCUGCCCAACGGUACGAUCAUCUUGGGAGCCAACAGGACCCCGGCCCUGGUGAUGACGUCGUCCAAUGGUUGGCAACCGGUGCCGGGAGUGCUGCCCGAGCAGCCUCCAAAGUCAGGUCUCGACCAAUCCUCGGACUCCACCGACCUCCCUGACCUGUCUAACUUCACAUAUCUGGGCGGGUCCGUCUGGCAGGACGAGAGCGGAAGGCCCGUCGAUCGUAGAGGAUCGGGACUGAUGGUCGUCUUGCCCUCUUCUAAUCAAGGUAUCGCAGAGCAGAUGGGCUUGCCCUUCCAACAGCUACAGAUGCAGCAACAACAGCAGCAUCAACAUCAACAUCAGCAGCAUCAACAUCACUCGCAGAACAACCAGCAGCAGCAGCAACAUCAGCAGUAUACGAAUGUCAACCCACACCUCAAUCACCUUUCCGCUGUGGACCAGGCCUUUGCAGCCCAGCAACACAAUACUCCCAUCUCCUCUCUACUCGGGACCGAUCCGGGUCACACUGGCGGCCUGCCUGGCGCAGGUCCCUCAGGAGCAAGCAACUACACCCUCGAGAACCUCUUUGGCGGAGGCACCAGCGGCACCGGCACGCCCGGUCUCGGCGGAAUGGGUUUUGGUGGCGGGGGAGCAGGUGCGGCGAAUCUGGCAAUGGGCGUGCCUGCAGACCCGAUGAUGCUCAACGACCCGCUGAUGGGGAUUCUGGACUGGCAGGCAUGGCAGAGCUAUCUGGCACCUUUCAGCAACAGCAGCAACAACAACAACAACGGUGGCGGCAGCGGCAACGGUGGCAGCAAUCAGAACAGCAGUAAUCCGAAUGGAACAGGGGGCGGCGCUGCUGGUAGUGGUCCGACUGGAGGUGGUGGAGGUCUGAUGCCUGGAGUAGGCUCAGCAGCAACCAGGGGCAGGUCUCCUGCGCAUGCCGCUUGAGUUUAAAGGGCUCCUCAAGAAAGAGAGAGAGAGAGAAGUUCUUCCAGCACUAGUGCUAAGCACUACCCAGACGGGCCGUCAUACCCCAAACUCCCUUCACCGGCCUGGAGUCGAUUUGAUUUGAUUUGGCUCGGCUCGGCUCGGCUCGGCCUCCCCCUACCCCUACCCCUACCUUGAUCAAAACGACCAUCUACACUUUACCUUUUUUUUUCUUGACUUGUACAUAAACCAUUCCCUUCUCUCUUGCCCAUAGGCCUUCCUCUCCUCCCCUUUUCCCCUCGACCCCUUUCUAUCGUCGUCGUCGUCAUCAUCAACCCCCCC